AUGAAGCUCCAGCUGCUGCUGCAUGCGGCCUUGGACCAGGCGGAGGUUCAGCUCCAGAACGUGGCUCAAGCGCUUCAAAAGGGAGAGGCCAAGGGCUCGGAUCCCUAUGUGGGCAUCUUGUCCCCUGCGCUCUUUGACGUGGAGGACUGCAACAUCUAUGGCUACGUGGCGGCCACGCGAGUGAAGGUGUUGGCCAUUGUCCGGGAUGGGGCCUGUCGACAAAGACGCGACGAGGAGGCGAUCCUGCGAUCCAUGCUGAGGCAGCUGAACUUGCUGUACGUGGAUGCCGCGUCCAACCCCUUCUACGACGGCCUGGGCAAGGCGAGAGACGAGCUCAAGCACAGGCUGGAGACCAUUUGCGAGGAUUCGGAGUUGAGCCUGAGCACCGACUGUAGCGAAGCAGGGAGUGAGAGCCCUGUGAGCCUGGACACAACAGAAGCUUUGCUGCUUUUUGAUUGGGAUGACACGCUGCUCCCGACCAGCUGGAUCCACGAACAGGGAUGGCUGAACGAGGAAGGCGACCUGGUCAGUCCAGCAGACGAGAUCAUCCUGAAUCGACAGCAGCAGGUCCUUCUGCAGGAGCUUGAGGUCAAAGUGGAACAGACCUUGCUCACGGCGAUGGGCUAUGGCAGGGUCGUGAUCGUGACGAAUGCAAUGGAGGGAUGGGUGGAGACCAGCUGUGCCGCCUUCUUGCCUGGCCUUCGGCCACUGCUAGAUGAGCUCGACAUAGUCUCUGCCCGCGCAUUCGCGACGCCGUCCGGACGGACCCGGACCUCCAUCUCCAGCCGAUUCGAGGAGGGCGUGGGAAUCGACGGCCCGGCGGAGUGGAAGCGCCGCGCCUUUGCGGAGAUCAUGGAGGCGGCCUUCGCGGAAGGCGGCAGCAGGCCAAACGUGCUCUCCAUCGGCGACUCCGUGUACGAGCAGGAUGCUAUCAAAGCUGCCACCAAGUGCAUGCCGAAUUGCAGCUCGAAGUCGCUGAAGCUUCUGGAGUCCCCGGAUAUCCAGCAGCUCAUUGAGGAACAUGACUUGCUUUUUCACCACCUGGACACGGCCGUUGCCCACGAGGAUCAACUGGAACUCGAGGUGGCCCCCGAGAUGGCUCGAGAAUUAGGGGCCUUUGUGCCCGCGUAG